UUGUCUAGUUUUCAAAAAUGGUAACGUCACGUAUCUCUCCCACUUCCUUGUCCUCUCUGCUCCGAAACUGUGUCACUUUCGAAGCAGUUCCUCUAGCUAAGCAAAUCCAUGCCCAGAUCCUUGUUCAUGGCUUUCUUCCCAACGUCACUCUCGAAACCGAUCUCCUCCUGGUGUACGCUAAAUUUGGGUUUCUCAAACAUGCUCACAAAGUUUUCGACGAAAUGGUUGAAAGAAACAUGCAUUCGUGGAACAUUUUGAUUGCUUCGUACGCCAGUAGUUCUAUGUAUCAUGAUGCUUUGAACAUUUUUAACGAGUUUUUGAAAAUGGGCUUUCGACCGGAUCACUUCACUUUGCCUCCAGUUGUUAAGGCAUCUGCGGGAAUGGGAGACGCUGAUCUGGGUAAAAUGCUCCACAGUUGGGUGGUUAGGCUUGGGUUUGAAGAAUAUGUUGUUUUGGGUAGUUCCCUUGUGGAUUUUUAUGCAAAGCUCGGGGAUUUAAUCCUUGCGCAGAGGGUUUUUGCCAAAAUGUCUUGGAGGGAUUGUGUUGCUUGGAAUUUAUUAAUUUCAGGGUUUGGAAGAGCUGGUUUCUAUGUGGAUGCUUUGAAUUACUUUAGGGAUAUGCUCAGGGCAGGAGUUGAAAUGGAUUCUAGGACCAUUCCAAGCAUUUUAAAUGCGUGUGGAGGGGAAGGGGAUUUGAGGAAAGGCAAAGAAAUUCAUGGGCAAAUAGUCAAGAGUGUGACUUUCAAUAGAGAUAUUCCAAUUGGAAAUUCUUUAAUUGAUAUGUAUGCGAAGUGUGGGUGCUUGCACGACUCAGAAAAAGUUUUUGUUAACAUGCGUAAGUUGAAUCUGGUGUCAUGGACCACAAUGAUAUCUUGUUAUGGGAUUCAUGGGAAAGGAGAAGAAUCUUUGGUUCUCUUUGACAAAAUGAAGGAAUGUGGAUUUAAGCCCAACAGUGUCACAAUCACUGCAAUUUUGGCUAGUUGUAGCCACUCAGGUUUUAUAAAUCAGGGGAGGAAGAUUUUUAAUUCAAUUAGCUUGGAUUAUGGUUUUGAACCCAGUGUAGAGCAUUAUGCCUGUAUGGUGGAUCUUUUGGGUCGUUUUGGGCAUAUUGAUGAAGCACUGAGAUUGAUAAAGAGUGCAGAAUUAGCUGCAGUGGCAAGCAUUUGGGGUGCCUUGCUUGCAGGAUGUGUGAUACACAGGAAUGUUGAGAUUGGAGAAAUUGCUGCUAAACGCCUCUUUGAUUUGGAACCCAAUAACUCUAGCAAUUACAUAGCAUUGUGUAGUAUUUAUGAUUCUCUUCAUAUCUUGGAUGGCGUUUCAACAAUCAGAGCAAAGAUGAGAAAACUGGGCUUGGUUAAACUUCCUGGUUGUAGCUGGAUUACCAUUGCUAGAAGAGUGCACAAAUUUUACCGUGGGGACCUUUCUCAUCCACCGACUCAGUUGAUUUGCACAGAAUUAGAAGAAAUUAUUAAAAAAAUGUAUUGAGACAACAAUGUAUGGGAAAACAACCACAUGGUAGUAUUGGAUUGCUAAAAGUAAUAUAGUAGGCUGGAUCAGUUAGGUCAUACAUGAUGAUUGGCUCUACCUCCUAUGAGAAUUUGGACCUGAAAUAUCAUUCUUUAGCAUGGAAAAAUCUGUGGGGGAAUUAUAUAUUACUCUUGCCUUAACAAUGGCAUAGAUGAAUGAUGAGCCAUUGUGCAUUAAUAUAUUAUGAGACUUUAUUGGACAAACUGCAAAAUGAGAGAGGAGGCUGCAUUUACACUGUGCAGAAUGCAUAUGUUUGUGGUUGAAAUUGACAUCCUUCCCAUAUUAUAAAAUUUCAAUGUAUUUACUUUCUGUCAAAUUGAGUUUUUAAUCAAACUUUUGCAUUUUCUUGUUUGGUUUUCAGGUCUAUCAGGGCAACCUUUGCACAUAUUGAGGAGCUUGGAAGCUCGUGAUAUUUCGUCUUCCUACUGAAGAUCCUUGGCUGUUCGUCAUCCGUUUCCAAAAACGGAGGGUACUGCGUGGAUCAGAAGAGGAAACUCUACACUUUUAGUGGAUCGGAUCGUCGUUUCGGAGAGUUUCGGGUUUUCCCAAGAAUCAAGGUUUUUGGGAUCUCGGGUUGUCGUUUUGGACCGUUUUCGUACGAAGUUUCAUUUCAAAUAUAAGGUUCGUCCAUGCGUCGAUCCUAGUAGAUAAAGGGACUGGGGUGGUUAGCUUACAACCUUGAUGCUGCCCCUGCAUCAGCAGGUUAUGGUCUGAGCUAGAAAUUUUGUGAACUGGUGCCAACUAGGCUGAAACCACAGCAACAUAGUCUGACUUGGACAGACCCAGUGAACCAGUUGACAUAGCCAUCUCUCCGAGUCUCAAUAUUUGCUCCAUGUACGGCAUAAGCAGACACCCAACCUUGUGUAACUUACUCAUCAAUGAAUCUAAUGCCAUGAAUCAAAAUGCUGAAAAGAGGGCAUUUUUCAUAUAUCACUCAACAUCAUAACAGACAAAUAAUAGCUUUAUCAGGACCAGUGCUCAAGAUGGUAAUGGCUGGAUCCAAAAGUUGCAGCUGUUGUAUCAUGUUCUUCAGGGUGAUCUUGUGCUGAUUUCAUGUGCGAUGCUUCAGUGACUUCUUCAUUUUUCUUGAUCUCUUUGUGGACUUGCACCUCAUCCUCAACAGAGAGUGCCACAACUUGUGGACCAUGUGGGCCAGUGAAGCAGCAUAAAAUGACCGAGAGGAAUGCAAGAAAGAAAAGACCACCAAGUGAGAUAAAUAUGACAACAAUCACAGUUGAAUGGUGACUUGGUGGUGGUGGAACAGGAACAAUAUGAGGCGGUGGAGGCGGUGGUGGUGAGAUAGAGUGAGGUGGUGGUACUACAAUUGGCAAUGGGGGAGGGAUUGGGUGACUUGGUGGUUUUGCUGCUGGAGCUGGUGGUUGAAAUGGAGGGGGUGGGGGUGCCUGUGCUGGGUACGAUGGUGGUGGUGGUGUAAUGGGGUGAUGCGGUGGUGCCACAUUUGGUGGGGAUGGAGGGAAAUUAUGGGGUGGUGCCACCUUUGGAGGGGAUGGAGAAUGAUGUGAUGGUGGUGGUGGUGUUUCCUUAGGAGGUGAGGGGAAAUUAUGGGGUGGUGCCACCUUUGGAGGGGAUGGAGAAUGAUGUGAUGGUGGUGGUGGUGUUACCUUAGGAGGUGAGGGGAAAUUAUGGGGUGGUGCUACCUUUGGAGUUGAAUGGGAAUGUGGUGGUGGCAAGGGAAAAUAUGGGAAAAAGUACUCAAAAUUUUGCACAGGAGCCAUCUCAGUGUGGAAAAAGUAGUGAAAGCUGAUUUAACUUAACCGUGUUUGUUCAGGAGAUGGAGAAGAUGAUUGUGUAUUUAUGCCUAUUUAUAUAUAGUGCUGACUGCUGUGUACGGGUUUGAAUGUUGUGCUGAUGAGCUGAUAGAUCCUUCUAAGCUUUGAGUGACUUGACCAUCAUGCUAAGAUAUUGAUGGGGUUUCAUUGGUUGCAUUGAAAAACACUUCAUUCUUGUUUUCCCGGAGAGGGUCUUUUUCUCUGCACCACGACAUAUAUGGAUGUUGGUUUUCAG